GAUAUCAGACAACAAAUCGAACUGUACUGUCCAUCUCAGCUCAACUCUCAGUAGAUUUUGGUCCUUGGGCCAGAUCAAAUUCCUUGCCUGAGGAAGCUGUCAACGGACUGUUGGACCGAGCUAUAAUCUUUUGAGGAAGACGACUAGCACAACGGGAUACUGUGGCUGCAUGAGAGCAACCACAUCUCAUCACCACCCGCCAUGUCAACACCCACCAAACCACCACCCCCCAACGGCGGCAGCAGCACCAACCCCCCAGAUCUCGAAAUCAUCGAAAUCGUCCCCAACGGCGACAUCCUCCUCGACGUAACCUUCGAGACCUCCAAGCCCGUCAUCCUCGCCGCCAAGAAAGCCUUCGCCGCCUUCACCUCCCGACCAACUCCUCGGACCAGCAAGACAACCGGACCAGGACAAGGACCCGCGAAGACACCAGCACGACCACCAAGACCACCGCCCAAGCCCAGAGUCAGGGUUGGUUUUCGCGUUCAUCUGUCUGUCCUGAAGGAGCACUCACCCUACUUUGCCCGUCUGCUGUCAGACACGCGUUUUGCCGAGGCCAAGGCUGUUGAGGCGGCCUUUGCUAAGCUUUCGUUGGAAGAUAUUAGCCCUGGUGAGGCGGAAUGGACGCAGCUGCCGAGGGUGAGCAUCAGAGAGGAUGAUGAGGCUACGCAGAGUGCGGAGGUGAGGUAUGUCUUUCAUGAUUUGCUUUAUAUACUGCAUCAUGGGAGGUUGCCGGCACCACCGCUGCCGCCGCCAGCAGACGGAACUCCCCCGGCAACAGACGGAACUCCCCCGGCAGAAGUACCGCCGCCGGAGCCCAAGGCAGCACCAGCACCCACAACAAAGCCAGUAUCCAAACCGGCAACCAAGACAACAACACCAGUAAAGGGCCAAAGACCAGGACAAGCACCAGCCAAGGCACCAGCCAAAGCACAACCAAACGGACUGAAGAAGGCUCUAGACAAGACACUACCAAAGGGCCGGGAGAAAGCACCACCAAAGCCAGGGGCAGACGAACCCAAACAGCCAACACAGCCAACACUACCAUCCCUCACAAUCCCCUACCUGACCACCCUCACCCUCCUCGCCGACCGCUUCUCCUGCACCCCCUCCCUCUCCCGUCUUGUCUCCUCCUCCUCAUCCUCCUCCCUCACACCCCCUAUCCAGAUCCAGAUCCAAACCCAAAUGAAAUGGCCGCCCACGCCCACCCGUAUCACAAAAGACCAAGACGGCCACGCCCUCACUUUGGCAGGGGAAGAGCUCCUCCGCCAAAAGAUCUUGGUUUCCUGGCUGCUGGAUUUCCCACUAAAGUUCCAGGCGGCCACGAGGGAGUUCGUCAUGUACGGGAGUAGGAGGUGGGGGUUGGGUGCUUUACCUGAGGAACAAGAGGAGGAAGGAGGGGAUGGUAUGGAAGCUGGGGAAUAUGGGGAGAAUCGGUUCAAGGCAAGAUGGUGGGAGUUGCCUGAUUCGUUGGAAGAGGAACUGUCGUAUCGGAGAAAUAGCCUCCUCUCCGUUUUGGCAUCAAUCCCCCGGCACUUUUUAAGGUUAUACAUCGUCCGCCCGCCACAAACCCGUUCGAUAACCACCUCUUCGGCAGGGAUAGGCGCAAGUUUCACUUCCAACGCCGCCUCGGCUUUGCAAGCGGCUGCUCAGGGACGGCAGUGUAAACUUGGUUAUGAGAGCAGCGCCAGUUGCGAUAGUUAUCAGCUGGGGGAAAUGAUUCGUUUCCUUUGUACGAAAGGACUGUUCAGCCUGGUGGAUUUCAGUCCCAUGAGCUUUGAUCGGGCUAUUAACCAGUACGAUGGCGGGGAGAACCCGUUGGCUAAGGUUGAUGCCGGAAACGGGCCGGGGACGGGUGUGGUGUUUGGUCCUCCUAAACCUUGUUCCCCCGGCGGUGGUAGGGGGCCAGGGACAGACACUGGGCUGGGAGGCAUCUCGACCAUGGAAAUCAGCCACUUCAUUUCCAUCCUGCGACAGUGUCCGAGUUAUCAGAUUGAUCGGCAUCAUACCAACUGCGGUCUGAGGACGAGAAUGCUGCCGGUUUUGGAUUACGUGCAGGCUAUGUUGAGUAGCGAGAUUAUCGCCAUCAAGAGGGGGGAGUGGGAGAAGAGGAGGGAGGAGGUUAGUUGGGUGAGUUUGGCGCAGGGACAGGAUGAUGAUGACAAUGGCAGGGAUAAAGGGAAGAGGGUGUUCAAGUUCACCAGAAGUCUGGCGGCUGAUCCGAGAAUGAGAUAUAAUAGCACGUUAGGGACGAGUAAGAUGGCCAUGGAACUCUUUCUAGCUGACGAGUGGGAUUGGACGGCAGAAGAGUAUUGAGAAGUUUUGUUGUUGUUGUUGUUGUUGUUGUUGUUGUUGUUGUUGUUGUUGUUGUUGUUGUUGUUGUUGUUGUUGUUGUUGUUGUUGUUGUUGUUGUUGUUGUUGUUGUUGUUGUUGUUGUUGU